GCCCCUCAGCAGAGGUCAGGCAAGUUAGACUGGAAGCCGACCCCAGCAUAGUAGCGAAAAGGCAAGGCAUGAUACUAAGGCAUUUAUAUAUUUGUUAUGUUUUCAGUACUUUCUUCUGCAAGUUGUGGCAUUGACAACUCUCCAAUAAGGCAUGUGUAUGAUGGAAUCACUCGCAUUGAGACCUACCCUUGGCUCGGAAUCCUAUACUACCCGUAUGGUUCUAAGCGUUACACAGUAGCCGUGGUGCUCGUGACAAGACAGAUAGCACUCGGAGCUGCUACUGAAAUAGACGAGUUGCCUAAAGAUGACUUCAGGGCCCGAGCUCGCGUGGUCAUUGGCCGAAACUGCAGCGGGGAGUCGAUCGGUGUCCGGGACUACUCCUUCCACCCUGACUUCCGGAGAGGCUCCUACAGCACCCUAGCCAUGAUACAAUUAGAAACUGAUUAUUUGAGAAUGCCAUUGCGUCCCAUCUGCCCACCACCGACACACUUCCAGAAUCAGAAGUUUUAUGCAAUGAUAUUAUCUGAAAACUGCGCUCAAUCCACAGUGCGGAUUCAUAAAAUGAAAUAUGUAUCUCCCGAAGAAUGCAAGAUUUUUUACAGGAGAUCAGGGCUGGACUUAGACACAAUGUGGCCGAUGCAUACGGCCUGCGCUAGAAGUGUUACGGGAGGACAUUGCGUGUGGCGGAGCGGAGCCAUCCUAGUGGUCAAGAUUGAUCGCCGCUGGAGACUGUUGGGUUUCGGUAUUUACGGACCGGGUUGCCAAGCACCAGCCAGGUUCUUGGAUUACAGUAUGUAUCACGACUGGGUGCAACGAAGCGUAGACUUGAUUGGCAGGCCAGCCGUUACUAAGAUCGCCCAAAACCACCUCAUAUUAAGAAGAACCACAUCUAACGUACAGCGUUUCGGCGACUGCGAUAGGGAAGAAAUGAAAUAUGAAAUUUUCACUGACAACAUCAACUUGAUAAAUACGGGAAAACUAGCAUACAAUCUAACCAUAGUGUCAGCCUUUGAAUACUCGUGCAUAAUCUUCAAAGCUACAAGCGGUGAGGACCCGGUAGGUGCUGUACCUAUUGUGAACCUACGGAGGUGGUGCACCGGAUCAGCCGGACUCUGCAUGGGCGGCUUCCAAUACCUGGAUAUUGACUUCUUCGUAGAAAUAGAAUUCGUCACAAGUGUAGACUUGCGCGUUGGUAUAUACGGCAAACAACCCAAAACCAUAGACCCGGCUCAAGCGUAUAUGUUUCUUAAUGAAGCUGCACCUUAUCCCGAAAUUGAACCGUAUGUUGUAAUCAGACACAAGUAUCUGGGUAUGAUCAAUGAUACACGAUAUAGCCUGUACGGUAAGAAGGAAAUGAUCUUCCGACGUAAAAACUACCGUGGCCCGGUACUGACUACGACAACGAGACGGACGAGACGGACGAGACGGACAACGACGACGACGACACCCACGACAACUACGACAACACCGACAACUACGACAACUACGACAACUACGACAACUACUACGACAACGACGACGACGACGACAAGACCGACAACGAAGACAACGAGGACACCGAGGACACGAGGUCCAACGACAACACCGGAUUUAUGGAGUGAGCUUUUAAGAAUGAAAAUGAAAUGA